GCCGGGACCGCAGUCGGCGUCGGAGGAGUCGUCAGGGCCGCCAAGGCAGGCAAUCUCCACAGACGCGCCGAGGUCGAAGCAACAGCAAGCGCCGAAACGACCGGGAUGGGCGCAGGCCUGAUCGGUCGCGCCGACGCCUCGCAAGAGGUGGUGGAGACCACCGGAAGCGAGACGAGCGAAGUGAUAGAGGUUCGAGAGGAAACCGCCGUGCUCGCUGUGACUCCGAGGAGGAGCCUAGCUUCAAAAGGCUCCUGGAGGCGAAGCGAGCCAAGCGACAAGGGCGGGAGAAGAGCGAAGCUCCUGCCAGCGAGGGCUCCCAGUCGCCAAAAAAGGAUCGCAAGAGCCGGCGGCGCAGGAGACGGAAGGAUGAAGAGGAGGCCUCCGAGAAUGGUGAGAAGGAGCCGGAAGCCGAAGAAAAGAAUGAGGGCGACGGCGACGGGGCCGUGGAGGAGGGAGAGGCAGAGUCCGGUCAAAAAGAGGACACGGAGGUAGAGGCCGAAGAGGAGGAGCACGAGGACCAAGAGAAAGAGGAUGAACAGGAGGACAAGGACGAGGAGAACAAAGAUGAUGAUGAGAAGGACGACGAAGACGCGGAGAAAGAGUGCACUGAAGAAGCCAGCCAGGAGAAGGACGAGGAAGAGUCGCAGGACGCAGAGAAGGAGUCCGAAGCUGAACCCGAGAAGUACGACGACCUCGCUGUUGAUGCCACCGAGCUUGCUCAGUAUUGGCAGCAGGAGACCCUGCAAGAGGAGGUAAAGGAAGCCGAGGUGGAGGUGCCGGCUAUUGCUGCAAGACCCAAGGUCCGCCCUGCAGCGCGGAAGACGGCCCCGUCUCCGGCACGCAGCCCAUCGGAUGCAUCGGACAGGAAGAGCGAGGAAGCUAAGGAAGAAGAGGCUGAGGAGUCCGGGGCGAAGAGCCAUGCCUCCAGUGCCAGCGAAGAUCAGCAGGAUCACUCGGCCACCGACGCGAAGGUUGCCGCAGGACACGACGGGCAUGAGAAGAUCAGGGUCAAGCGCAAGCGGCGACGCAGGAAGCGACGGCCGGAGGAUGGAGAUCGAAAGGCGACAGAUACAGAGGAGAAGCAAGAUCACGCGGACGUGGUGGCCAUGGUCGUCGCAGCUGCUGAUGAGCUUGCUGGCGAGGCUGCAGGUCAGAAAGAACUCCAAAGCAUGACGAACAACGACCACAAGGAUGAGAAAGCCGAUGAUGCCGAGGAAGGUUCAGAAGCUGCGAGUGGUGAAGACGGUGAAAAGAAAGAGGAAGGCCAGGAAGUUGAGGAAGAGAAGGAGGCAGCGCAGGCUGAGGAGGAGGAGAGGGAGCUUACUCUGAAGAUCGCCCUUGAGGCCAAGGCUCUCAUCCAAGAGGUCUACCGGCGCCGCAACCCAGCCAAACUUGGGGAGGUGAAUGGGCUCAUGGAGAGAUAUGCUGGGUCAGAGCUGGCUCUCUACGAGCGGGUCUGCGAGAAGUACGGGGAAGAAGCGCAAGAUAUCGAAGGCAUCUUCCAGAAGGCGGCUCAAGAGGUCGCAAGCAGACGAGCUGAACUCACGGCAGCUGCGCCGGAUGAGCCCCCGCCCACCAUUGCUGCCCGCGCCAAGGGAGCCUCCAAACCAAGUCGGCGCAAUGACGCAGCCCCAGGUGUUGCGGAUGAAGAAGCCCCCGAGCAAGAAGAAGCAGACGUACCAGAAAAGCCUGCUGAUGAGGUGUUGGCUGAAGCCAUGCAGGAGGUUGAAGAAAGUAAGCGAGAAGAAGAGCCCAGCCGCAAGAAGAAGCGAAAAGUCCGCAGCUCUGGUGGGGAAGAAGCGGCGGCUCCAGAGCACCGAACUGGCGUGCGGAGGGUGAAGCGCAAGCGCCGAAGGCGCGUACCGAAGGCCGAGCACGCGCAGGCCAAGGUGGAAGGAGAGGCUGGCGACGAGGCGCCGGAGACAAAAGAAGUCGACAGUGAGGACCGGAAGAGUCAAGAGCAAGCGGAGGCGGAGGUUGACGGAAAAGCAGGCGAGUCUCCAGAAGUGGAGGAAGACAAGGGGGAAGCGGAGAGGGAGGGUCAAGAGAAGAGCAGCGAGCCAGAGGAAGACGAAGAGGAGCAUCAGGAGGAGCCAGCCCCAGCUCCCCUGGUCGCCCCAGGUCUUCCGACUCCUGGAACGAAAGCAAAGGCAGCGCCCAAGCGACGUCCGCUGGAGCAGAGCCAGCAGAAGGGCGUGGCGGACCCUGAGCCCGAGCAAGCGUCGCAGCGUUCUGAAAGCGAGGCCCAGCAGGACGAGAAGGAGCAGAAGGAUAGUGAAGCUGAGGAUGCCAAGGAAGGUGGGCAGCAUGAUGAUGAGGAGGAUGAUGAAGUACUCCAGACUGGAGCUGACGCCCAGCAAGGCGAGGAGAAGGACGAAGAUGUUGCAGACGAACAGGAGGACGACAAAAUGGAAGGGGAGGACAAGCACGAGGAGGACGAUGACAAGGACGGAGAUGAUGCCGAAGGUGCGGAGGAGGAAGAGGAGCAAGACGAGGACAGCAAGAUAGAGAAGAAAGCCGAGAAGUUCUCCUUGACAAAGAUCGUGGAGUUGAUCCGGGAUGUGUACAACCGGCGCAAUCCGGCCAAGCUAAGUGAAGUCAAGGACCUUCUGGCCAAGUACAAGGGCCAGGAGAGAGAACUUUAUCGCCUUAUCUGUGAAAAAUAUGGCGAAGAGCCAAAGCUUGCAGCUCUAGAAGAUGACAAGUCGGAAGAAAGCCAGAGUGAGAGUGCCAGCGCUGCGGACUCUGAGAGUGCCAGCAAUGCUCGAGCUGGACAUGGCCGUCGCGCUGGACGCAGACGUCACCGCUCGGGUCGGACGGGUCGGCGCAAACACCAGGGCCGCCGUGACCGCGAAAAGCGCCGCGAUCGGAGGCGUGAUCGCGAACGGCGAGAAAGAAGGCAGGAAAGCCGUCGAAAACCAGCAGCUGGAAAAGCCGGCAAAGCUGAGGAGACAAGGCAAACUGCAACCCCUGCUGUGAAAGAGACUGUUCGAGAGACGCUCAUUUGCAGUGCACUUCCGUGCUGGUUGCUGCGUCACUGGGUUACCUUGGCAGCCUCCUGCAACAUCCGUGAAGUCAGCAUUUGCGAAAAGUACCCUGAGCCACCGGAGGCGGGCGCAAAAAUGUCGAUCUGCAUCAAUCCGCCUAGGUCCUCGCCCGCCGGUGGCACGUCCGCUGGCUCCUCCACCCGGGUCCUGGUCGCCUUCUUUUCCGAAGAGGCCCUCGGCGAAGGGCCAGGCGGUUCCGGCGGCCCCAAAGAUGGCGACGCCAGUCUGGGGCCCAGAGGCGGCAAAGAGAAAGAAGAUACCAGCACCUGUCCGGUGUUGGAUGUCGGUCCCGAGAAUUCCUCAUCCUACACUUCCUCCGAGCUCUCCGAGAGCGAAGAGGUUGCUUUGCCUUUACCCCCCUCGGCGUCAGCCCCCCAGUAA